AUGGAGUCAAAGAAAAAAAUUGAUCUCAGCUUCAAAGACAUCCCACAGCACGAAUGGGAAUAUUGCCUUCCACCGAAAGCAUCUCCGGAGCCAACAGUCCAAGUCCAGGCGGCACCGAAGCACAGCACCGGAGAAGGAAGCUCGUAUUCAGUAUUGGAGUCGAUAACUUCCGCUGUCCGUCGCUUCUUGGUGAAUGGAGAGCAAAAAGAAAUCAAAUUCGAUUCAUUCUGA